UCUCAACAUUGAGAAUUGAUUGUCACAAAAUUAACCAACGAAGAAUUAAUUCUAAGAUUAACCAUUCCUGAAUUAAUAUUUGUUUUCUUGUUUUCCUUUCUUGAUUUUAGUUUGAUAAAAAUGGAUGACCACCAAACAAAUAAUGGACUGGCCAUUUCCAUCGCACAGCAAUGCACCGAUUUCAGACACGAGAAUCAGAUGAAGUUGUGCACAUUACCAUUGGAAAAUACCUCCAACUUUUCGGAGGCAUCCGCCAUAGUCAAGCGAUACUCUUUUGGCAAACCCAACCAAUUAAAAUGCAAAACGAGCAAAACUAUUUUGGUGAUGGGAGCCACGGGAUCGGGAAAGACGACGUGGAUCAACGCCAUGGUCAAUUACGUCCUGGGUGUCGAAUGGGACGAUCCUUUUCGUUUUAUUCUCGUCGACGAAAAUCUCAGAGGAGGCUCACAAGCCAACAGCCAGACUCAGGAAGUUACAGCCUACGACCUCCAUUACCAAAAUGGAUUCCGCAUUCCAUUUUCGCUGACUAUUGUAGACACACCGGGAUUUGGCGACACCGGCGGAAUUGCGCGAGACAAGGAAAUUACUACGGCCAUCGAGGAACUCUUCAGAGAUAAAAACGGAAUUGUGGAAUUGGAUGCCGUUGGAUUCGUGGUCCAAUCCGCACUCGUCCGUCUAACAACUUCUCAAAAAUACAUUUUCAAUUCAGUUUUGGGAAUUUUCGGCAAGGACGUUAAAGAAAAUAUCCGAUUCCUCGUCACCUUUUCCGAUGGAAGAAAACCGCCAGUCUUGGAGGCCAUUAAAGAAGCCGAGCUUCCCUGUCGGAUGGACUCGAAGGGGCUGCCUUGCCACCAGAAAUUCAACAACGGCGCCAUUUACACCAACAACCAAGAUGAAGAUGACAGCAUGUCACCCAUCGAAUGGAAGAACGGAAUGACAAAUUUCAAGUCGUUUUUCGUCGGCCUGUCAGAAAUGUCGAUUACAUCGCUGCAACUGACCAAAGAAGUCUUGGCAAAUAGACGUCAAUUGGAAAUGAAACUCAAAUGGAUGCAGGACGGCAUCCCGCAACAUUUGACACAAAUGGAGGAGUUGCGGAAGAAAGAAGAAAUCGUCAGGAUGCACAACGUGGCAAUCGACGCCAAUCAAAACUUUGAGAUUAAAGUGAAAGUCGCCAAGAAGAUACAAGAUCCCAUCAAUUCCACCGCGCUGAGCUGCAACAGUUGCGAGAGGACUUGUCAAGACGAUUGCAAUCCUAACACAGCAAUAGCUCACGUCGAAGCCUUCUGCGAAAUUACGGGAGCAUUUGCCGCCAUUCCAUUUCUUGGUUUGCUGGCACUCGGCAUUCAACAUGCAGUUAAUGCGGCCACCGACCCGCAAUGCAAAAUCUGCAAGUGCGUGAGCUCAAAGCACGAAAAAGGACAAUUCCGCUGGAUCUGCAAAGACGUGGAGGAGACUCAUACCGUGGAGGAUAUGCGCAACAAUUACGAAAAGGCCAAAGGAAAGAAGAUGGACGCCGAAGAGCUGGUGACAGCACUGAGAAACGAUCUCGACCUCCUGAAAAAGGAAAUUAUCAAAACCAUCGACGAAAUAAAAGUCUUGCACAAUGAGCUCAAAAAUAAUGCGCUGCACGGCAAUCCACUCACGACUCCGGAGUACAUCCGGAUGAUGAUCGAUAACGAGAAAAAGACUGGUCAAGAAGGAUCGGAGGAGAGAAUCAAAAGUUUACAGGAACUAUUGCCGUUGGCCAAGAUGGCCGGUGACAUAAUGGAAGAUGCAACCGGAUUCGUCAAAGAACAGCUGAAGGACUGAUCCUUGCACAUAGGUGACUGGAAAUCUACUGAUGACAUCGAUUUCUUGCCUUUAAAGCCGCAAGUAGGGUAAAAGACAUGUGUUAUUCUCAUAAUGUAUGUUGCUAUUAUUGUGAAUACAGCAUGAAAUC